AACCCCAGAGCAGAGGAACAGAGCUCCUGUCGUUAAGGGCAGAAGGCUCAUCGAAACCGUCGUUUCCAAAACAAAUCUGAGCGUAGAAGUAAAAAAAAGAGUAAAAAUUUAAAAACUGAAAGAAUGCAAUCAAAGAUCAGUUCAUUUUUCAAGCCCUCUCCAGCUACGGCCAAAAUUAAAGUCGCAUCUCCGAUUUCUGCUAUUAUAUUCGCCAACGAAGCCGAGAUCUGUGAAGACCCAGAAAUAACUGUUACUUACAAGCGCAGAGCUAGAAACCCAGGCAGUGAGAGUGAUGCCGAUUCAGCUGGAGCAACAAACAGACUUGGUGAGGUGGAUAUGGUAGCAAAACUGGAGGUGCCCAAGUCUGGAAAAGUUCUUAAUAAAAAGAGAAAAUACGCACAGUUUUAUUUGGAAUUAGGUCAGUCUGAUUUUCUGCUGCACGCUUGUACAAUUUGUGGAUUUAAGUAUGCCAAAGGUGAUGAAGGGGAUGAAAAGGUUCACAAAACAUUUCACAAGAAUUACACUCACGGCAUUCAGUUUAAGGGGUGGCGAAAUGAAAGAGUUAUAUACGUUCCUUCGCUUGACACUGGGCGUGUUAUCAUAGUGUUAAGCGAUGACCCUCCUGCUCAAAGAAGCAAGGUUCAGGAUGUUGUUAAGAUGAUGGAGAUGGAUCUUGGGGAUGGGUGGAUAUUUCAUCAGCACUGCAAGGUGUAUCUGUUUGUAUCUUCUGGAAGAGUUACUGGCUGUCUAGUUGCAGAACCAAUAGAGAAGGCCUAUCGGAUUGUUUCAAGCUCAACAGGAAAAAAGUCUCAGGAUCAAAAUGGAAAAGGAGGAAGAGAGAAUUCAGUGGUUCUCCAAUUUGGUGAAGUGAGCUUCCAAAGAGAAAUAGUGAGAAAGAAUAACUCUGCCAAAGGCAAGGAAAUGUGUGAUUCAGUCACUGGAGAGAUCUUAUGUGAGAAGGAAGCUGUACCUGCUAGUUGUGGUAUAAGGGCCAUUUGGGUUACUCCUUCCAACAGAAGGAAGCACAUCGCGAGUCACUUGCUGGAUGCUGUGAGGGGCAGCUUCUGCAAUGGCCGAAUUCUGAAUUGUACCGAUUUGGCAUUUUCUCAACCAACCUCUGCUGGAAGGGCCCUAAUAUCCAAUUACAUUGGCGGAAAUGCAUUCUUGCUCUACACAACUUCGUGAUUUUGAGUAAGAAACAUUCGCAAUUCCAUCUAAGCAAUCUUAUCUAUAAACAGCCAUCUUUUGCCAAAAGUCAGCCAUAGAAAUCGAAAUAGCAAACAUGAUGGAGUUGCUGCAAUUGCUACAUGGCAAAGGGGUCAGAAACAACUGGAUUGGUACAAUCAUUGAGGAUACUCAGGCUAUAAGUAAAUUGUUUUGUAUGUACUGCUUUUGGCAACUAAGAAUAGGAAAAGAGUUGUGAUCCUUGUUUUGAUGUAGCAGCUCAAGCAUCGGGCAAUCAUUAUGACAAGGAAUGGGUAUAUCCCAACUACUCAUGCGAAAUGCAUGAGUUGUAAAGUGAUAUCGGAUCGAGCCUUUACUCACUUUGCAUACUUUGAUGAUAGUUA